AUGGCAGCCAAACGAAACGAAGUUCGUGCGUACAAGAGCCUGAUUGAGAGGUGCUUGAACUUUGCCAAUCGACAUGGCUACAAACAUCGCGUGCCCUGUCCAGCGAAAGCGUUUCAAGGAGAACUGUUGGCCUCACAACACGAAUGUGCUACGGUGUUUCAAGAGAAGUUUGGGCAUCAGCCGCGGCGAGAGAAGCUUCCACUACUGAUCAUUGUCAAGGGUACACCUGGAGGUGAUAUCGAGCGCUUCGAAGUGCCAACCUACCUACCUGACCCUGUGUAUGCCGUGCAAGAAAAAGCGUAUAUGGAUCAACGCGUGUGGUCCAUGUACCUUCGCGAAGUACUCAAGCCUGCGUUGGACUCCCCUUCUGUGUUGCUGGCCGACAACCUGAAGUGCCACCCUUUGCCCGCCAACACUACAAGCGUAUUGCAACCCCUUGACGUCGCGAUCAUGGGGCCUUUCAAGCAAAUGUGCCGCACCGAGUGGAUCAAGGAAGACAAGGACGUCACAGCUCAGGAGAAGCGAAUGGCCAUGAUUCUCCGAGAGAAGCUUCCACUACUGAUCAUUGUCAAGGGUACACCUGGAGGUGAUAUCGAGCGCUUCGAAGUGCCAACCUACCUACCUGACCCUGUGUAUGCCGUGCAAGAAAAAGCGUAUAUGGAUCAACGCGUGUGGUCCAUGUACCUUCGCGAAGUACUCAAGCCUGCGUUGGACUCCCCUUCUGUGUUGCUGGCCGACAACCUGAAGUGCCACCCUUUGCCCGCCAACACUACAAGCGUAUUGCAACCCCUUGACGUCGCGAUCAUGGGGCCUUUCAAGCAAAUGUGCCGCACCGAGUGGAUCAAGGAAGACAAGGACGUCACAGCUCAGGAGAAGCGAAUGGCCAUGAUUCUCCCAGCGAAAGCGUAUGACAUCCCUCCGUGUACGCUUCGUAAGCAUGUGGCUGAUACAAUCAACGGCGUAAACAACGACACAUUGGUGACGAUGGGACGCGUGCCACACCUGCCAAGGCAAUGUGAAGACGAUCUGGUCGCGUGGAUUCUUGCCAUGGAACGUGAUGGCCAUCGAAUUGGAUGUCAUCAUAUUGUACAAAAGGCCACCAAAAUAUCCGAGGCUGUCCAUAACGUACCACGUGCGACGAAACUAUCCACCGGGUGGUACAAACGGUUCCUCGACCGCCAUCGAGAACUACGGGUCUCAAAGGCACAAGUGCUAAGCAAACCACGGAACGGUGUUGACCAACCCGCCGUCAAGGAGUUCUUUCGAGAGUUGUCCAAGUCCAUCGCGCUCAGGAAUCAUCUUCGUCCGCGCAUGUCACCAUUGUCGCAUGUGUUGCCGCGGACAGAACCAAGAAACCACCAUUGUUUGUGCUCCCUGGUGACCGAGUCUACGGAGGUGUGCGACAGCCUCAGUGUCCCUAUCACAUCUUCGGAAAAGGCUCAAGCAGCGCGCCAUCCAAAACGCUUGUCGAGUCUGGAUCAAUCGACGAACCAAUCAGCGAUUUCAAACGGCAUUGUGUGCACCGGACUCUGCCCCCCAUCGUUGGACAAGAUGUUAUACCGCCUGUCUCUUUUCAAGCCGUCUGAAAUUGCCGAUAAUGGGGUCAAUGAGACGUGGCAGAAAAGGGUUGAUAGUGUUCGUGAUUAUGUGCUACUUCUCCCGUCAACAAAGAAGCGAAAAAGCGCGACAAGAAAGACGUUGACCGUGAGCGGGAAGUUUAUCACGGCAGAUUACCACGCCUUACUGCAAACUCAACCUACAGCAAACCCCAAGCGCAAGAAGAGGGCUACUCGCCAAGCCGAAAAUAGUGUGGAAGAUUGUGUGAUUUAG